AUGGUCGAUAGCUUGGAAGAUGCUAUCGACCUUCAGCAGGAACUACGGAGUCUUUGCACGGCGGGCGGAUUUCCUUUGAGAAAGUGGGCCGCCAACGAUCCUCAGGUGCUCACAGGAAUUCCACCAGAACAUCAGCUGCAACGUGGGCCGCACUCAUGGGAAGAAGAGAGUCACGCUACCCUGGCCCUCCGAUGGCAUCCUCAAGGCGAUUGGUUCUCCUUCUCAAUUCGUCCACGUCCAGUCACUGAUCUCACAAAGCGACGAGUUCUAGCCGAAACGGCUCGGCUCUUUGAUCCGAUGGGUUGGCUCGCGCCUGUCGUCAUCAGAGCCAAAAUUCUGAUCCAGACGACGUGGCUUCAACGGCUGGAUUGGGACUCUCCGCUGCCUGAUCAGGACGCACACCGCUGGAGGCAGUUGUUGGAUCAGCUUCCUCUAUUGGAUAACAUCCGUGUAACUCGCUGGCUCAACACCGGAGACGACCAUUCGCAACUGCAGCUCCAUGGGUUUGCCGACGCUUCAGAGCGAGGAUACGCCGCCGUGGUGUACAUCCGCAACGCUGCAACAGAAAAAACGUCAAUCAACCUAUUGAUGGCAAAAUCGAAGGUCGCGCCUGUCAAGCAGGUGUCGUUACCUCGCUUGGAACUCUGUGCAGCAGCUCUACUUACCACGCUCAUGCUCCACGUGCGCGCUACUCUCGGUUUGACAACGACGCCGGUGCAUCUGUGGUCAGAUUCAAGGGUCACACUUCAUUGGAUCCGCGGACACAGCACCCGUUGGAAAACCUUCGUCGCCAACCGAGUAUCUCAGAUCCAGACCCUGCUUCCAGACGCUCAAUGGAGACACGUCGCUGGACGAGAGAAUCCUGCAGAUUGCGCAUCGCGCGGUGUUACUCCUGCUGAAUUAAUCAAUCAUGAGUUGUGGUGGACAGGACCUACCUGGCUCUCAGGAGACGAGACUGCAUGGCCGGGUUCAAACAUCGACGUCCCAGAGGAUGACCUCCCGGAGCAGCGAGCCACCAGUCUGGUAAUCAAGGCACCGGUCUCGGCAGAACCUGACCUCCUCCUCCGGUUUCCAACGCUGCACAGGCUGCUGCGGGUUACGGCAUGGUGUCGGCGAUGGCUCAAUCAGGCGAGACGUGACGCCAUACCUGGCCGUCCAUUGCAUCCGGACGAGCUGGACGUCGCCUUAUUUCGAUGGCUGCGAGUGGUGCAGGCGCUCCACUUUCCUACGGACGUAGCUGCGGCUUCUGCUGGACGCACUAGCCCACCACGAAGCCACCUAGCGAUGUUGAGUCCGGUCCUCGAUGAUCAAGGCGUGCUGCGCGUCGGAGGACGUCUCAAACAUGCUCAGCUACCACUCGACGAGAAACAUCCAAUGAUCAUCCCGGCGGCAUCAUGGUUGACUCGGCUGGUGAUCGAUUCCUGCCACCGACGGACGCUGCACGGAGGUGUGCAACUGACUCUCGGCCUGCUCCGCCUGCGCUUCUGGGUGCCUCGAGGAAGGACCACCGUCAAACAGCAGCUACACCGAUGCAUAACCUGCACUCGAUGGCGCGCCGCCACACCACAGCCUCCGAUGGGUAACCUUCCUCGGGAGCGAGCACUCUCAGAUGAUCCAGAGGACGUCUCGGCGCUGACCCCCGGUCACUUCCUCAUCGGGACACCGCUCCUCGCCUUGUCAGAACCGUCAUUGACAGAGCAGACGGUGUCCACCUUGUCACGUUGGCGUCAUCUGCAGCGGAUGAGGGAUCACUUCUGGCAGCGAUGGUCAUCCGAAUACAUGCACGGACUCGCCCCACGCACCAAGUGGCUCAAGGAUGCACCUGCACCCCACGUCGGCGAUCUCUGCCUC